AUGGACUAUCUGGAUCUCGACCUCGAAGACACUCGGCUUGACACUACAUUCCCUGCUCCGGGCGAGAUUCGUCAUAUAUCCUACCACUCGGAUCCGGAUGUUGGUAGGCGUAUGAUAGAGGAUGAGGAAAUAUGGCGCACUAAAGAGACCCUAGGAGAGGGUGGGUUUGGGACAGUGUGGUUACAAGAGCGAAUUUCUCACAAUGGGCCAAAAAAGCCGUCUUUUCGAGCUGUCAAAAUGCUGGACAAGUCUGGGAAGUCUGCAAAUAUGUACAAAAAAGAGCUAAUGGCCAUGGCCAAAUUCUCAAAGCCACUGUAUCGCCGUUGCUUUAUCGAAUGCUAUGGCUGGUAUCUACAGGCGGAAAAUGUUUGCAUCGCCAUGGAAUAUGCUAGACAUCAGGACCUUCAGAAACACCUUACUAAGUCAUUCACGGAAAGCGAAUCUGGUCUAAUUGCAUCACAAAUUGCGGAGGGUCUUAAGUUCAUGCAUGACAACAAGUAUGCCCACAGGGAUCUAAAGCCAGCGAACAUUAUGGUCAUGUAUCCAGGGCCAGAUUGGUGGGUCAAGAUAGGCGACUUUGGAAUCACCAAGCGAGCUGUUGAAGGGGUCACAAGCCUACACACCAAAGUAUUCACCCCAGAGUACGCAGCACCUGAGCUCCGCGGUCUUGGGGUCUCAAGAACUGUCGCGAAUGGUACAAAGGAUGAAAUUACUUAUACCUUCGCCAUUGAUAUGUGGUCCUUCGGCGAAAUAUGCGUCCGCUUACUCACUAAAGCGGCGGCAUUCCCUGAGCUGAUGCAACUUGUUAACUACAAGCUCUAUGGUAUAUUUCUACCAGAUGAUAUCUUGUAUCAGAAUGGCCUAGGAUCAGACUGUCGUUCCUUCAUCCGGAAAGCAAUGGACAUGAAUCCCGAAAAUCGGUUCACAGCCGAAGAGGCUCAAAGACACCCGUGGAUAACCAAGUUUAAAAAGGCACCGUUUUCUCGGGAUGUCAAAAGUUCGACUCCUCCAUCUGGAGGAAUUGCAUCCAUGGAUGAUAUAACUGAGGAGAUUACCGCUUACUUACAGUCACAGUCGGAGGGUACCGCUGAUUGGGACACUAUUCAGCCACUUAAAGCUACAGCUAUCAGCAGCGACAAAUCUGAGACAUCUCAGGCUUCCGAUACGCGCAGACAUGAUGCUGCUUCUACAGAUAAAUUGACUGAGAAAAAAGAGCCUCUUGCGCCAGGAAACGCAGCGCUCCGGGCCACCAUUUUAGGGCCCUCUUUUUUGUCUCUUAAAGAUAACCACGAAACAAAGUCAGGAGAAGCCAAAGUUCAAAACGUGCCAAUACAGAUUACGAAGUCACCUCACAGCGCGACCGAUGAGAAACUGCCAGCCCCACUGUCGCAGGAUAUUGAGCCCGGUGACUACCUCCUCGUCCUCUUUAACUUUACCGCUCGCAGCGACGAUGAAUUGACGAUAAAGAAGGGUCAAAUUGUCAUGCUCAUUGAGACAGAUCACAUUUAUAAAGAUGAGUGGUGGCUGGGCGAAGAAGUUCACACGAAGAAAAGGGGAAUUUUCCCCGCACGCUACACUCGAAAGGCUAAGGCACACGAAGAACAGAUGAACGGUAUACGCAUCAACACGCCUCUACAAUCCGAUACUUCGGCCUACGGCCUGCCCCACAUUGGGGCUGUUCGGGUUGAAAGAAAUUCACCAUUGACUGGAGAUGAUAGCAAUUCAUCUUUUACUGGAGGUGGUGCCGACAGGCCUUACCCCUCGAUGGCAAAGGCAACAAUCUCACCUUGGACGAGAUUUAGUCCUGAAAAACCUCCUGUCUCGGUGGCAAAAGGAACAGAUUCAUCUUCGGCUAGAGAUGGUCCCGAAAAGCCUCCCUCAAUGAAAAGGGUAGCAAAUUCACCUUGGACGAGAGUUAGUCCUGAAAAGCCUCCUGUCUCGGUGGCAAAAGGAACAGAUUCAUCUUCGGCUAGAGAUGGUCCCGAAAAGCCUCCUUCAAUGAAAAGGGUAGCAAAUUCACCUUGGACGAGAGAUAGUCUCGAUACACCUUAUUCUUCAGUGGGACCUGAUCAUUCUGAUAAACCUCGUUCAGAAGAUGGUACACUCCAGUCCCGUACACGAAAGGUGUUUGGCUACUUUCGAUGA